UGAUGGCUACCUAAUGCCACCGAAUUGCACUUCGCAAUCUCGUGGGCUGAAGUCGGCGUCUCUGUGCCUUCCCCAUAAUGUAACUAACUGACAACUCCACUGAGACGCUCUAGGUCUGAGCUGAACCAGAGAACUUGUGCAUGGACUCUUCUCAUCAUGGUGGGUGACCUCUGGCAGCCAUAUGUGGUAGAUUUCUCUGGAGCUGGCAGAGGCAACCUGGGGCAAUGUGUUGAAUGCACUCACCCUGCUCCAUGGCCCCCAAGCAUCCCUGGGUAGCACCCUCUGACCUGGGAGAAGGCGGGAAUCACCACCCUUGGGAGCCUAGCCUCUCCCAUUGAUUAGUUGUGGGAUCCUGGGUAAGUCAGCAAAACCUCCGUCCAUUUUCUCACCUACAACAUGAGUGACGAGGUAGUCCUGCCUACCUUCCAGGAAUGUUGGAAUUUCCAAAGACAAUAUACAGGGAAACACCGUGUGACUACAAAAUACUGUGCACAUGUAAGCUACUGGCUCUCCACAUGUCUUACCCUUUCAUUUUCUCCCUCUUCAGUUUCUCUUUUAUUCUUCUCCUCAGGAGUUCUUCCAGUCAGAGAUUACAGUCCUGUGGCCUGGGGGGCCCUCAGCCUGGAUUGGUUCAUUCUAGAGGGAAGAGAUCUGAUCUGAUUCUCACUGUUCCACCAGACGGGUUUCACUUUCCUUCCUCCCUCCUUCUUCCUUCCUUCCAUGCUAUUUUGUUAGGUCACCUCUAACUUUGAGCUCAUCCUGAACAUAUCACCACAGUUGCCUGGACUGCUAACCGUAGGAAAGUGUUGUGAUGCCGGCCAUUGUAAGAACUUGUGAGGAAACUUUGAAGAUUUUCAAAGUGUUACGAAUCAUUUGUGCUGUGUGUGACUUCCAGUCAAGAUUGAGGAAGAAAACUGAAGUGAAGUUGUUCAUACUUUCAGGUCUUAAAAAUAGAAAGGAAAAAGAGCUGCUGGCAGUGUUGCUGCUCAAAGACUGUCACAUCUGAAGGGGAGGCUUGUGACCUGAAGGCCAGGGAAGGCUCCCGAGAACAACCAUCACCCCAGGUUUCUCCCUUAUUUAGAAGAGGUUUUAAAAAGGAAAUGAAGUUGAUUUUAAAGUCUCAAGGAGGGAGGAAGCCUCUGAAGUAGGUGAAUUUUUCAGUUAAUUAAGUCUUCUCAGAAAAGGAGCUCUGCUGAAGUGCAAGGGUUCUGUGGAGAGCUGCAGAGCAGGGCCUCACGUGGCCACUCGGACUCCCUACCCCAGGUGAAAACCCCCCCUUUUUUUUUUUUUUGAAAAUGUCCAUGUUUCUGUCGUACCAGAAUGCAAAGUUACAAAACUAACACGGACUCUCCUUGUAGCCAUUACUUUGUGACCAAAGAGAAGUCACCUGACCCAGUCAUAUUUUGGUUUUUCCACUUCUGCAAUAACAAGAUGUUGCCUCUGUCCUGAACACAACUCACGUGAUUUUUGGCAUGUGCUUGUCUUCAGUCUCUGCCAUUUACUAACUGUGUAAUAUAUACUCCGUACCACCCUGAACCUCAGUUUCUUCAUCUGUGACAAGGGAAUACUGUCAUCUAUCCUGUCUACCUGCCAGGGACAAUAGGAAGUUCAGGGACAUGAGCAACUCCUGGUGUGAGGCUGGCCUGCCAGACUGGGUGAGUGUCCCUUCAUGGAGACUGGACCAAAGCUGGACCCCAGCCCAAGGGAACAACUGUCCUGAGACAGGACUGGUUACUGGUCAAGGAGAAGAAGGUUGAGGUCCCUGCAGAGUGCCUGGUGCCUAGUUGGUGAUCACUUAUGCCAGUGGGGCUCUGCCAGAAGGAAGCCGGGGGCAGGACCUCUGCCAGGGGCCCAGGUGUCCCAGCAUGGAGCACUCAGCCAAGAUGGAGUUUUUCCUGAAGCUAGGCUACGACCGGGAGGACGUGGUCAGGGUGCUGGGCAAGCUGGGCGAGGGCGCCCUGGUCAACGACGUGCUGCAGGAGCUGAUCCAGACGGGGAGUCGCCCCGGGGCCCGCCAGAGCAAUGCCGGGCCCCUGCUGGUUCCCAGGGGCUCCUGCGGGAGCCCGGACACCGCCCAGCGCGGGCUCGGGGCUGACCCAGAAGAGGAGUGCGGAGAUCCAGCCGGUUCCUUGAGACCCAUUGUGAUCGACGGCAGCAACGUGGCAAUGAGCCAUGGAAAUAAAGAAGCCUUCUCUUGCCGGGGAAUCCAGCUGGCUGUGGACUGGUUCAGGGACAGAGGACACACCUACAUCAAAGUUUUUGUCCCUUCCUGGAGGAAAGAACCACCAAGAGCUGAUACCCCCAUUAGAGAGCAGCAUGUGCUGGAGGAGCUGGAGAGGCAGGCUGUGCUCGUGUACACCCCAUCCCGCAAGAUGAACGGCAAGCGCGUGGUCUGCUACGAUGACCGCUACAUCGUGAAGGUGGCCUACGAGCGGGAUGGCAUCAUCGUCUCCAACGACAACUACCGCGACCUUCAGAGCGAGAACCCUGAGUGGAAGUGGUUCAUCGAGCAGAGGCUGCUCAUGUUCUCCUUCGUCAAUGACCGGUUCAUGCCUCCUGAUGACCCCCUGGGACGCCGAGGACCCACCCUGAGCAACUUCCUGAGCAGGAAGCAGAAGCCCCCAGAGCCAUCUUGGCAGCACUGUCCCUACGGCAAGAAGUGCACCUACGGCAUCAAGUGCAAGUUCUACCAUCCCGAAAGGCCGAACCACGCUCAGCUGGCUGUGGCCGACGAGCUCCGAGCGCAAACGCGGACCUGGCGGCGUGCGGGCGCGGACGAGGAGCGGCCGAGGGCCGGGGCGGAGCGGGGCGGCGCCCGGGGCGCACCCACCCCCUGCGGGCCCAGCCUCCGGGAGCCCGGUGUGCGCAGCCUGCCCCCGGUGCGGCGGGCGGCCGACGUGGCGGGCAUCGAGGGCGGCCUCUCCCGGCUCGCCGUCAGCGACGACUCGGGGUUCCUCGGCGCGCCCCCUCCCGACCCCGGCUGCGGCCUCGCGCCCCGUCCGCGCCGUCCCGACUGGGUGGCACCCAGGGCUUCGCUGUCCCUGCCAGCCCUGCCUGGCCUCUCCAGCUCCCUCGGCCCAUCCGGCCCGCUGGUCCGGCCGCUGGCUGGGGACCGCCUGGGGGACCCGCAGAGUGACUUGCUCCCCGAGAGAAGGCCUCCCACCGACCCGUGGGCCCUCCCACAUGGGGCCGCCCGUAUUCCGGGACAUUCGGCCUGGGCGGAAGUGGGAUGGGGCGAUGGUGCCUUUUGGGGGCCUUUGGGAUCCGCGCCCGGGGCCGCAGCCCGCGACAGGGACGCGCGCGCUCGGGCCCGCACCGCGCUCUGCAGCAUGUUCCCGCCGCAUCAGGUGGACAGCGUCAUGGCCCUGUACCCCACGCUCUCUGACGUCACCAGGCUCGUCUUCCUCAUCCGGCUAUUCCAAAGGUUUGAUGCGCCCGUGGGAAACCCCUAAGGAGCAAGUAAAAGCCACCUCCAGUGAUGUCCCAGCCCUGCCUUGCGACUUAGCCAAGGUGGGCCGGUGGUUGACAGCCUGCACCUGGGACCGCCCACCUGUGUGGGAUUCCCUUCUCUUUAAAGGUGGUCAGGGAAGCCCACUUCCUCACCCUCAGCUACUCAGCUAGGCCCUUAGUGGCACUUCGUGACCCUCACUGACAACAUAGGGCUGCUGCUGCUGGAGGUCUGUGUGCUGCAGACUAAGGUCGGCUACUUCUGUAGAGGGAGUGAUUUCUCCAAGGAUUUGUCUGGAACACUCCAUGGCUGUUUUUGUCAAGCUGCAGUUGGGAUCCCCAAGUGGGUCACAAGGUCAAUUUAGUGGGUCACGCCAGAAAUGAAGUGAAUAGAAAAUCUCAGUGCACACCCCACAUCAUCCUGCUAAGUAUAUAUGAACCUCUUGAUUGUUAGCUGUGUGUGUGUGUGCCUGUGGUAGCCAUGUAUAUUUAAUGUGGGUCACGGGCAAAAAUUUGAGAAAUCCCGGUAAAUGGCCUUGAAUUUCAUUGCAUCAGAACAUGUUUGAAAUACGUAGUCAGUUGGCCAGUGCAGGUUUUCACAUCUGGAGGUUUCAUAUGAGCUGUUUCUAGUCUAGCCUCAUGAGGGCAAUACAGAACUCUAGCUUUGAGAUAUGAGCUCCACAUGUCACUUUGAUGUUGUGUGGCUGUGCUGGUCUGUGGAGGUGUGGCAGGGGCACGUUGUCCUGAGGGCCUGCCUGUGGGGCCUUCACCCCCUUCAUAUACACACACAGACAUACACACACACAGACACAUACACACAUACACCUCACACACGUACUGCUUUACUAUGGGCUAAGAGGCCCUCUAUUGACCAAGGCUUCUAAGCCAUACCUCACACAGAAGCCCUGUGAGUCAGGACUUUUGCUCAGAAACCCUCAGAUUGGUCAGAGGUGAGCUGGGAUGAGCCUCAGUCAUGGAGGUUUAUUGCUACCUGUUACCAUUGCUGUUUUUUCCAGGAAGCUAUUGCUUUGGGUUUUGGGGAGAAAGGGGUCCACACAUUUGUAAUGGACAAGAAAUUACAUGAUGCUGCCAGAGCAUGGACCUCAGGCAUCUCUGAGUGGCAUCCACCCAUGCACUCUGGGUUACAAGUCCAGCUCUGCAGGUCUUGGCUGGUUUGUUCAUGAGGGGACUUGGUGGCUUGGCCAUAGUGGAGAGUGUGAGGCAUCUCUCAAUGGAAAACCAGCGGCCAACCCCUGCAUGCUUCCUGCAGACUGGCAAGAGCAGAGGGAAACUUCUCAGUGUGUUACUCGGCUGCAAUGCUGGCAUAGCCCAGGGUGUACCCUGGGAGGCUCGGCUCCUGGCCCUCUGGUUCAUGCUAAAUGCAGCCGUUGGAGAUACAAUGACGUUGUGUCUGCCUUGAGCCUUUUCAUCUUGUUAAACCAGAUUCUGGCUUCAGCCAGAUCUGUUCCUCACCUUUUUUCUUCCGAAAGAGCACCCUGCACUCACAAUUGUACCUUAUUAUUUUGGGACCUCAGCCUUGAAGAGGGCCCACUCUUUCUAGAUAAACUGGAUUUCCCUCUUGGUAUUUCUUUUUAAUUUUUUUUCUCUUUUGACCAGACAAGCUUUAUGUUAGAGCUGCUUUUGUCAAGGGUCUGUCUCCUGACAUGGAAUCAUUGCUUUGCUGAUUUACAAUUGAAAAAUGUUUAAACUGCUUCCUUGGAGGACAAGUUUGAGUUUUAGUAAGCUGUAAAGCUAUUUUAUUUGGUUUACUGUGAUUAAGACAAGCACAAAAACAACUGAAGAAAGAACACAUUUUGAUGUAAUCCCCUUUGGAAUUUUUUCCAAAGUCUUGGUAUGUCUUUGUGACACAAAACAUGGAUGGGACAGGUGAAUGAAAUGUUCCUAGUUGCAUAGCUGUUACCAUGCUCCAAAAAUAAACCACUUUUACCCACA